CACAGUGAAGUCUGCUACUAUGGUAUGUGUUUAGUCUGCACAAGUGAAUGUUGGAUGCGGAUUGCUGAUAUCAGACCUCUUCAAAGGCCGCUUCACAAUCCGAACACGAACAGUCCGUUGAGCAACCUGCCGAGCAACCUGCCCAUCCACAAGGUCAACAAAGAGAACCGUCACAACUAAGGAUGAGCAUUUCCCCUAAGCAAAACAAAUCUGAGGCAGACCUGUCUGCCACUUCCGUGCCGUCUGAUCCUGACGCGCGCAAAGCAUUCAUUCAGCAGGUAAGACGGAGAUGUCUGAUUGCUCUCCGGAUUCAGCUGACCCUCAGCAGAAAGCAACUCUUCUUCGGGGCAGAAUCCAGACCGCGAUGAAGCGUGUCAAGGAUCCGCAGCUCGACCGCAGGGUGUCCGAGCUUGAAGCUCACAGCCGUAAGCGUCUGAGAUUCUCCAUGCCUGCGAGCCCAACAAAGGAAGCUGCAGCUUCGCAGCAGACCGCGAGUUCGCCAGCCAAGGUCCUCAAGCUUCUUCCGGCUCCCGAACUGAAACCGACUGCGUAUUCUGCCCGCUACGUUUCAGACAUCCCUUCCUCUCCUCCCGCAUCCGCUGGCGAAGAGCCUCACGACGACAUGCCCACGCCCACUCAGAACAAUCCGCGCCCAGAACCACGCACUCCCGCAGCGCCCGUGCAGCUGAGCAGUCCGCCUGGCACUGCGAACCGUGAAGAGAAGACGGAAAAGACAGACAAUGCAAAAGAGGAACUCGACGAAUCACAGUUUUCGAAUUAUGUCGAUUAUAUGAUAGCCAAGCGGAGCAGGGACGGUGUUGCGCUCGACGGCUUGAUUCAACUCAUGAAGACAACCGACAAGUACGAUGGUUUGGACAUGUGGACUGGAUGAGCGGUUUUUUUCUCUUCGCGGGCUUUAACAAGCAAUGAGGCAUUUUCGAUUCUUGUACAAUAUGAUUAGGGAUACCCUGUGUCGGGGAUAGGUUUGGGGAACUGCUCUGUUGCAUGCAUGCUAGUUAAUCACUCAUGACAUUCCUGCUUUUUAGAUGCGGCAGGAUCAUAACGUCUGUCAGUUAACGGCCAGCUAUCUGGAACUUUUGACAAAUGCAUAUUGAAAAGGCCACGGUCAGUCGACCAGUUGCAUCAUUAAUGAGCGGUCCAGGUCGUAAUGCUCCUGAUAACGGUAGAUUUCUCACGUGAAGUCACGUGAACCGUGUAGACCUAGAAGGGUUUCAAUCCGGAUGCCUGCAUUCAAGCCGU